AUGGCUUCUAACCAAGAGGACAAAUUAUCUCCCCCUCCUGUAAAUGAUAUGGAGAGAAAAAUGAGCCUAGAGCCAGAAGAAAAGGGAUUCGACUACUCAAAACGAUCUCAAUGGCUCCGGGCUGCGGUUUUGGGGGCCAACGAUGGGCUAGUUUCGACAGCAUCAUUGAUGAUGGGCGUCGGAUCUGUAAAACAAGACAUCAAGGCCAUGAUCCUAACAGGGUUUGCUGGAUUAGUGGCCGGAGCAUGUUCCAUGUCCAUAGGCGAAUACGUGUCGGUAUACUCACAACUCGACAUAGAAAAGGCUCAAAUGAAGAGAGAAAAAGAAAGGGCAGUUGGUAUAGAAAGUUUAAAAGAUGAUGGAGAGAGAGGGGGUUUGCCUAAUCCAAUACAAGCAGCAGCUGCAUCAGCCCUAGCAUUUUCGGUGGGUGCAAUGGUGCCACUGUUGGCUGCCUACUUCAUAAGAGAGUACAAGGUAAGGAUGGGGGUGGUGGCCGCCGCUGUCAGCCUUGCUUUGGUGGUGUUUGGGUGGAUAGGGUCGGCGUUAGGGAGAGCACCGCCGGCCAGGUCCUCAAUAAGGGUUUUGAUUGGUGGUUGGUUGGCCAUGGCCAUAACAUUUGGUUUAACAAAGUUGAUUGGUUCUAGAGGGCUGUAUGCACGUCCCCAUGCCAUUUUGCGGUUGGACCUUGCUGGUCGUGAUCUCACUGAUUAUCCCAUGAAGAUUCUAACGGAGAGAGGUUACAUGUUCACUACAAGUGCUGAGAGGGAAACUGUUCGUGACGUGAAGGAGAAGCUUGCAUAUGUUGCACUUGAUUUUGCCUAA